AUGGAGAGAACCGCCCCGCAAUUGGCCCGCGGCGCGCAGCGGCCGGGCGCCGCCGCGGUCUCGCAGAGAGGAGAGCUAAGAAGAGUAGGUGGUGGUUUUGCCGCGGCUGCUGCCGCUUCUGCUUCUCCUCACCGCCUCUUUGGCUGCCCUUCUGGCAACCAGCGCACAUUCUUCCUACCCCGGGCCUCUGGCCCAUACAGUCCACUCCACGAACAUGUUCGCGGCCACUUUCGCUCCGCUCUAUGGGCUUGCGAGUCCGCUCACCCGCACGCGGCGCCUGGCGCACCUGCUCCCGCGGACAGAGCUGGCCCGACUCCUCGCCUUGGUGUUCCCCUCCCGCAGCGGGAGAUCGGGCGCCGGGAACCGGAGCGCAGGGGACCCUCAGGCCUCCGGGGCCGCACACUGGCUGCGCACACUCCAGCGGAGCGCCCCCGAAACGCGCCUGGCCUCCAGAUCAGCGCUGAGCAAAGGGUGGCCUCCAACCCCACUCGGACGCUCGUCGACCUUGGAGCAGCGCCGUACAACAGGUCCAGGGUCACGCAUGUCCAUGGCAAACAGCCCAGCGCCAGAAAGAAGGCAGGACGAGGCCAGAGCUGUCAGCCCCCGGGACCGAAAGCCCUAUUGGUUGCUUGCUUCUUCCCUCCAGUGCCCAAGAGUGAAGACCCGGUUGUGAUAAGGAGGCAUUUAUCAAGGGUUGGUUGGGGUGUGCAGCCCAGAUCCAAGCACUGGACCUGUGAGCUGCAGCUUACAAGGUGCGGGCUUAGAGAGGCAGCACGUGGCUUGCUGACAGAAAAUGCUUCCCAAGGAUCCGGAUCAGAGCUGGAAGAAGCUAAGUGAGUAUGGGUGGGGGACUUUGAAGCUGCAAGGUUGCAGGUGGCCGCUGCUCACAGGUGUUGUUUUGAACAGGGCCGGUGGUGGUCUUGAGUUUGAUGCAGUUAGAGAACUGCAAGCUCUCAGCGAUGCAGGAAGUGUCUGAACCACAUCCACACUGGACUCCUGGCUGCACUGUGGGUGCCUGGACCCUGUGUGUGCUUGUGCUCAGUCGCUUCAGUCAUGUCUGACCCUUUGUGACCCCAUGGGCUUCAGCCCUCCAGGCUCCUCUGUCUAUGGGAUUCUCCAGGCAAGAAUACUGCAGCGGGUUGCCAUUUC